AUGUUGGUCUUUGAGAAGAUGACCGGGAGAACUCUCACCAAGUUCAUACCCAGUGAGAAUCCUGAAGAGGAUGUCCGUCUUCAGAUACUUCUUGAUAUUGCCAAGGUAGCUGGUCGCCUUCUACGCCAGCAGACUCCUACAGAUCAUUGCCCUGAGCAGACAUUUUUUUGCAGUCCUACCAGAAGCAAGUUGGAAGAGAAACAUCAUUUCUCUGGAGCCUACGCAACCGCUCCUCCACAAACCAUUUGCCUGAGUAGACCUGUGCUAGUUGUUCGCAUAUCAAAGUCGAGACAUGUGUCUUCCCAAUUCUUGCAGAACGAAAUUCGGUUAAAUUCAUCGAAACAGGAAACAACUUCAAUUCCCGUCAUCGAGAAGGUUUGGAGUGCAUGA